GCGAUGACAGCAACGGCCUCAGUGACGAGGAGCAAGGAGGGUGUCCCCGUGUGGGACGGGACACCGUCGAGUUUUGAAGAGUACUCUGAGCUGUGUCAGAUCUUUGAGCAGAGCACACCAUUUCACAAGCGCUAUCUGGCUGGACCGAGACUCCUGGGUGAAUUGCAAGGUGCUGCCCGGCGCCAUGUAACCGGGAAGCCGGCCACUUGGCUUUCGACUGACAAUGGUGUGUCAGUGCUUUUGAGGCACCUCCGUGCAUGCCUGGGAAAGCCACAAAUCACGGAACUGACAGAACACCUGAACAGGUAUUUCCGUCAGGGCCGCCGCAAGCCGCAAGAAUCGAUGAACGAGUACAUUGCUCGUAAGUGCGAAGUUUAUUUGCGGUCAUGUCAGGCCAUGCAGAGAGUGGCUCCAUACCAUCGGGAGCCCAUCAAGGAGGAGCCGAGGGACACAGCCUGGAAGGGCCAGUGGGGCGGCUAUGGGAGUCGCCCAGGUGGAAGUCGCCGGGAAAGCUGGGAUUCCACAGCGACGCGGAGCGAGGCAGAAGAGGAGACAGCGGCGCCCGUACAGGCCGCCGCGCCAACCCUCGAGAACACCGAGGACCACCAAGGUGACCGAGCCAGCGAGGCCAACCGGGACGAUUGGUGGCGCAACAACGCGUGGACGUGGACCACACAACCAUGGUGGCAGAGUGGCUACAGCUACUGGAGUGACUGGGGCUAUGCGAGCUCUCGCAACUGGGGAAACUGGAGUACCAGUGGCGGCUCCCAGAGUGGCGAGAGCAUGAGUGAGGGCACUUUGCCCCACCUCCUGCCCGAGUUUGUACAAGGAUGGUACUUGUUACAGGAUGCUGGAUUGAGCAACAGUGAAAAGAAUAUGAUCAUGACAGCCAUUCAGAAUGACUUCUCAGUGCAGCAUGUGGCACAGGAGUUGAGGACCCAGUAUGGCGACAUUGAGCACCGACGCGCGGAAACCGGAAGCCGGCACUCCAGCUACUGGGGUGAAGGACCCGAGGAGGACGAAGACGAGCAGCCACAUGAUGAGGAGGGCUUCGCGGUGGAAGAGUUGGACGAGGAAGGAAGGAUUAUGUGGGCUGAGGCCGAAGCCGAGGUUCAUCAAGCCUGGGCGGCCGUCCAGGUCGCGCGAAGGACCUUGAAAGAGGCCAGAGCCAAGCAGUCGGCAGUGAAGCUGUCGAGGAAGUACUUCCGGCCCAACAGUGGAACAGGCUACAAGCCCAGGGACGACAGCCAGAUGGAGUGUUUGGCGUGUGGCAAGAAGGGGCACAGGGCAGCCAACUGCCCCAACAACACGGCAUCCAGAGGAUCUACGAGCAGCGGCCCCAAACAAUCUGCGCCAUUCGUGUGCUUCACAGAUCAGGCUUUGAGCGCCCAAGAGCGAGGAGAGCCAGAGUGGAGCACCAAGGAAGCCGUGAAGAACGGUUUCGCCGAACAAUUGCAGGAGAAGCUAGCGGAACUGGGGGAAACAGCACCCAGCCGGUGGACCAAGAAGGAGAUCAUCCAGCGGAUCCUCGAGAUCGACCCGGAGGCGGACAAGGCGCCUUCCAAGCAGAGGACAGACCUCCAGACCCGCAUCAAGGAUCUGGGCGUCGCGAGUCGCAAGAAGUCAACACUGGUAGAGUACUGCCAAACCAUCGGCAUCGGAGUCGAGCCCAACGACACCAUCUACCGUCUGGAGCAGCGGGCACUACGACGCCUCUACGAUGUGUCGGAACCUGCGGCGGAGGAUGUUGUGGGUUUCGGACGCCACAGCACAGAGACCUACCAGGAGAUCCUCGUGCAGCGACCCACGUAUGCCAUGUGGGUGAAGCAGACAGCGGCCGAGACCACGGAGACAGACUACCGUCUACGUCGCCUAGCCAAUUGGCUGGAGCAACAGACAACCGAGGAGGCCGAGAUGGUUCGUGCUCCCAAGGAGAAGAUCAAGGCGAAGGCCAAGGCGGUGACGCCACCACCAUCCACAGCUCAAUCGUCGUCGGACACCACGGCGGUGAUGAUUCAGAGCCUCCUGGAGACAGUGCAGGGCCUACAGCAAGAGGUCCAGGAGAUGAGGGCCGAGAGGCCCCGCAAGGAAGUGCGAGCGCCACCGUCCGAGACGGACGAAAGCAAGAACUCGUACCAGAUGGUGGAGCCACGGCCCAAGAGCAAGUAG